AUGGGCAUCAGCGAUGAAGUCGAAAUGUCCAGCCAAGGAGCUGGCGCGAGAUCCUUAUCUAAUAGCGAUCUAUCGGCUGAGAACUACCCAGAAGGAGGCCUACAGGCCUGGUCUGUUGUUCUCGGAGCAUGGUGUGCAAUGGUUCCUUCCAUGGGAUUACUGAACAGUCUUGGUGUUCUCCAAGCCUGGACGAGCACACAUCAAUUGAAGGAUUAUUCCGAAUCCAGCAUUGGUUGGAUCUUUGGCUCUUACGGAUUCUUUCUAUACAUCGCGGGAGCACAAACCGGCCCGAUCUUCGACACAUAUGGCUCAAAGUUUGUGAUCAUCCCGGGGUCCAUCGGGAUGGUGUUGUCCAUGGUGUGCUUCAGUUUCAGCGAAGAAUACUACCAAAUCUUUCUCUCCUUCAGUGUUCUCGGCGGCCUAUCAGCCUGCACACUCUUUACCCCCGCAAUCUCAACCGUCGGCCACUGGUUCAACCUCCGCCGCGGCUGGGCAACAGGCGUAGCAUGCACAGCCGGUGGAAUUGGCGGUGUCAUCUUCCCCUUGAUAAUCCUCUACGCCGCACCGAAGAUUGGUUUCCCAUGGGCGAUCCGGAUCAUCGCGCUGCUUUCUGCGAUAUUAUGUGCGUGUGCAUGUAUAUUACUCAAGACACGACUCCCACCGAAUAAGAAGGCUGGGGCUUCGGUGGAUUUUCGUGCGUUGAGAGAUGUCAAGUAUGCCUCUACGACUGCUGCGGUGUUUCUUGUUGAAUUUGCGGUGUUCAUUCCCAUCACUUAUAUCGCUUCUUAUGCUAUUGCUGUUGGUGUGGAGAAUACUAUGUCUUAUUUGCUGAUUCCAUUUUUGAAUGUUGGUGCCAUACCGGGUCGAUUCCUGCCUGGAUUGGUGGCUGAUCGAGUCGGACGGUUCAACGUCAUGGUGUUGACAUCUUUGAUCUGUUCGAUUCUGACAUUGGCUUUGUGGAUGAAAGCUGGUGAUGACUUGACCUCGAUUAUUUGUUAUGCUGUUUUCUUUGGAUUCUGGAGUGGUGCUGCUAUUAGUCUCACGCCGGUUUGCAUCUCGCAGGUUUGUGCUACUGAUGAUUAUGGGAAGCGGACUGGGACGACUUUUACUAUUAGUAGUGUUGGGACUCUUGUUGGGAUUCCGAUUGCUGGGGCUAUUUUGGAGCAUGAUAGUGGCAGCUAUGAGGGGCUAAUUGUCUUUGGUGGUGUACUUUAUCUGGCGGCUACGAUUGCGUUUGUUGUUGCGAGGGGGAUUUGUGUUGGGUGGUCUUUUGGUGCCAAAUUUUAG